AUGCUGGUCCCUCCGGCUCCCACGGUGGCCGCGACGCUGGCCACGGCGGCCACGCUGACGCGGCUGCCGCAGCUGCCCGCCACCACGGCCUUUGCCGCGCGGAUGCUCGAGCUGCGCCAGGACAUCUCGACCAACUUUGCGAGCGCCGACCUGUCCUGCUUCGACUACAUCGCCUCGCUCUCGUGUGACGGCGCGUACAUCAGCUGCAUCGACGGCGUCGAGUCCCAGUUCUACGGCCCCGACAAUACGGCCACGAACAACGGUGCCUACUCGAAGCUGGGCAGCGGCAUCUCGUCAUGCUAUUGCAACUACGGUGUGCAAUACCUCAGCUGCUACUAUUCGGCGCUCGGCAACGCCGCCUGCACGAGCUACUUUGGCACCUAUGACUGGACGAGCUACGAGUCCUACUGGUUCCAGGACAACUGCGGCACCGUGCCGCCGACUCUUUUUGGCGGCGGCGGCGCCGGCAAGACCACGAAAGAAUCGACGCCGCCGUCCGUCGUGUCGCUGGACCUGCAGUCCGUCCACGUCGUCACGGCCUCGUCGCAGCCGCCGCUGCCCGCGCUGACGUACGCGCCGCUCUUCCAGAGCACGGGCAGUCUGCUGCAGGACGAGUGUGCAUCCACGCAGUUCACGCUCAUCGAGGACAGCAACACCGUCUACUGGGCCGCCUACAUCGGCUGCGCCAGCAACCAGCCGCAGUGCUGUCCCUGGACGGCGUCGUCCGAGUUCUUCGCGGCCACGGUCACAAAAGACACGACGGUGACCGUCACCGCCACCGGCACGCCUGGCGCCACCGGCACCAACGUCGCCCUCAAUGCCUUUCCCCAGCCCGCCAACCGCGACCAGGGCGUCCUCAAGGCCUGCGCCUCCGACUACUACAGCAUCUCGGGCCAGUGCUGCCCGAGCAACUACUGGCCGUUCACGCGCGACCUGGGCGGCCAGACGCCCUGCUACUCGUCGCUCCCCGCCGUCACCGAGGCGCCCACGCUCACAGCCGGGCUCGUCGGCGAGCCCACCAACACGCAGAAGCCCACCUCGGCCGUCGUCAACGUCGUCUGGGCCAUGAGCUACCCGGUCGCGUCCAAGGGCGGCCUGUCCAAGGGCGCCAUUGCCGGCAUUGCCGUCGCCGCCGUUGUCGUCGUGGCCGCCCUCGCGGUGCUCAGCUUCUUUUUGUUCCGCGCGCGCCGCAAGAACAAGCAGCUGCAGACGCAGACACUGCAAGCCCCUGCUGGCCAGCUGGCGCCUCCACAGGCGGUCGCCCCCGGGGGUGGCGUUGUCGCCGGCGCGGCGGCCGUACCGCUGGUCUACGACGCCGACAAGCCGCAGGGCAUGGCCCAGGUGCCGCCGGCUGGUGGCUAUGUGUACCCCCAGCAGCAGUAUCCCCAGCAGCAGUAUGCACAGCCGGGAUUCCCCCAGCAGGGCUAUGCCCAAGCGGGCUACGUCCAGCCAGGCUACGCCGACCCGCGCGCCAGCCUGGCGCCCUCGUCGGCCACGCCCGCGUCCCAGCUCGUGUCGCAGACGACCGGCACCACCAAUGUGAGCGAGCUGAGCACGCAAGCGCUUGUCGGUGGUGGUGGUGGUGCGCCGAGCCCGGCGCCGAUCGUCGAGGCCGACGAGUCCGCCGCAGCAGCCUACCAUCAACAACUGCAACAGCAGCAGCAGCAGCAGCAACAACAGCAGCAGUACCACCAGCAGUACUACCAAGCACCGGGCCAGGUUCCCGGUCAGCCGCCCCUCGCUCCCCAGCCUGGCUAUGCGGCGGUGGCUGGGCAGCCCGUCUACGGUCAGCCUCAGCCACAGCAACAGCCACUGCAGGCGGGCGUGUACGAGGCCGGUGAUGGGCAGCCGGCACCUGUUGGCCCGGUCGAAGUGGCGUCCCCGGACACCAGCGGCGGUGCGCUUCCACCGACGGCGUCGACAGAACAGCCUCCCCACCCUGUGCAUCCAGACGGUCAUCCGUCGUGA